AUGCGAGCCAGUACGAUUAAACGCUCCCUUGGAGCUGAAUUGACACACAAGAUCAAGGAAUCCCGAGUGCUCUUGGUCGGCGCUGGCGGCAUCGGCUGCGAACUAUUGAAAAACCUCGUUCUCACUGGCUUCGGUGAAGUCCACAUUAUCGACCUCGAUACCAUUGAUCUCAGUAACUUGAACCGCCAAUUCCUCUUUCGACAUGAGCACAUUAAAAAGCCCAAAGCUCUGGUGGCGAAGGACGUGGCCCACAACUUCCGACCUGAUGUGAAACUGGAAGCUUACCAUGCAAACAUCAUGGACAGCCAAUUCAGCGUCGGCUGGUUCAAGUCGUUCAACAUCGUCUUCAACGCUUUGGAUAACCUGGCGGCUCGGCGACAUGUGAACAGCAUGUGUUUGGCCGCUGGUGUGCCGUUGAUCGAGAGUGGAACCACCGGUUUCAAUGGCCAGGUCCAGGUUAUCAAAGGGGGCGAGACCGAGUGUUACGACUGCAAUCCGAAAGCGACCCCAAAGACCUUUGCCAUCUGCACCAUUCGCACCACACCGUCGCAGCCGAUCCACUGUAUUGUUUGGGCUAAGAGCUACCUUCUACCACACCUCUUUGGGGCGAGUGAAGAGGAGGCGGCUGAGCUUGACACAACUGAGAACUCUGACAAUGCCCAAGAAAUUGCGAAGUUGCGGAAGGAAGCACAAACAUUGAGAGAGGUCCGGAAAGCGAUGGGAACCGAAGACUUCUUCGAGACCGUGUUUAAGAUGGUGUUUGAGGCGGAUAUAGAACGGCUCCGUGCCAUGGAAGACGCGUGGAAGACUCGCGAGGCCCCAAAGGUGCUUGCGUUUGACGAGCUUCUCGAACGGUCAAACUCGACUGUCGUACCCGAUUCAAGCGCCGAUCAAAGGCCGUGGACGGUGGAAGAGAAUUUCACCAUGUUCAAAGACAGUUUGACCCGCCUGAGUAAACGAUUCAAAGAGCUCCAGGACAAAGCUGCUCCGGAGGACCCGGAGCCAAUCUUGACAUUUGACAAGGACGACGAGGAUACGCUGGACUUUGUGGCGGCCACUGCGAAUCUUCGGGCAGAAGCUUUCCACAUGGGCUCCACCUCGAAGUUUGACACGAAGCAAAUGGCGGGCAAUAUUAUUCCUGCUAUUGCAACGACAAAUGCGAUGACGGCAAGUCUUUGUGUCUUACAGUCUUUCAAAGUUCUUCGAAAUGAUCUGUCAAGCGCCAAAAUGGUAUUCCUUGAGAGAUCGGGUCAGCGAGCAAUCAAUUCGGAAGCGCUUCGACCUCCCAAUAGAAAAUGUGAGGUGUGCAAUGUUGCGCGGGGUAUUCUUUCCAUGGAUGCCAACGCGACACUAGAAGACUUGGUGAAGGGUGUGCUUCAGCUGGACCUCGGUUAUUCCGAAGAACUUUCUAUUCGCGUUGGCCAGGAAAUCGUCUACGAGCCUGACAUGGAAGAGAACAUCUCGAUGAAACUCUCCGAAUUCGGCAUCAAACACGAUACUACCUUGACUGUCAUUGACGAAGACGACAGAGAGCAGGAUCCUCGCGUGAAUUUGGAGUGUUGGGUUACUGAAAGAAAUGGGUCGGUCGAAUACCCAAAACCCAUCACAUUGGAGGUUCAGGGAGAGAUCCCAAGGAUGCCUGCUCAAAAGGGGUCUGGGGCAUCUGUACCAGAGAUCGCAGAUGCUUCGAAGGCUACAGACUCGGUUAUUGCCUCCGAGCAAGACUCUGUGGAAACCUCGGAGUUUGCCAAUGGCCUCGGUAAACGCAAGCGCGAGGCAGAGGAUGAGCCCUUAACAAACGGCCACGUGGAUAAGAAGGUUGCCAGCGGUUCAUCACAAACUGCGAAUGACGCCGUGGUCGUCGUUGAUGAUGAUGAAAACGGCGCCAUUGUUAUCGAUGACUAG